AAUAUUUUGUUAAUCCGUUGUAUAAAAGUGAUAAUGCCCUCGAAGCCAGUGUUUGGAGGAUAUUUUGGCACGGUUUGGCGACCCUCAACGAACAACACCCAUGCCAAUAUAUCCUCCAAACACCGGCUUCGAGGGCAUUAUCACUUAAGUAAAGCAUUACUAGGACUUUGACAUCUUCUCUCUGUGCAUUCAAUUAAAGUUGAAAAAAUGUGCUAAGAAGGUUGAAACAAUCAUAAACGUGUCAUGAAAUCUUCAAGUCAGAUUUUCUGAAUGCCUAUGUAUUCUCCUUACACAGCUGGGAAUGGGAUGUGUAGUUAUUCUCAUAACACUAGUUAUCAUGCUAUUCUAUACUCUUUCUGUGCUCAAUCCUGUGGACACAGACAAGGUGACCAGAGAGAGAGGUGAAAGAGGACAGACCCUGGUGUUGUGGUUGAUUCAUCGAGGCAGUGGAGGCAGGAUGUGGGUCUUCAUGUGGGCAGCUCUACUCUUCUCUCUGACAGAGAGAGCAAGAUGUCAACAACAGCCACAGCCACCACCACACACAAAAGCAUCACCCUGGACCAUCACCUUCAGUCCAGCAGAGAUAACAGCAGAGAAGGGACUAUGUGCUGUUAUUUCAUGUACUUUCACUCACCCUGAUAACGCCAAGCCUACCACUGCAAUAUGGUUCAAGUGCUCUACAUAUGGCGAAUGUGUUCAGGAUAAAAAUAGAAUUUUCCACUCCAAAAAUCCCUCUAAGGCUCAGGAGGGUUAUAAACAGAGAGUGUCUCUUCUGGAGACAGACCUGACAAAGAAGAACUGUAGUGUGAUCAUCAACGACAUCAGAGAGAAUGACACUGGAGCGUAUCAAUUCAGAAUGAUAGGAGGACCAUUUACAUUUACAUACCCACAGAAAAUGAAAAUCACUGUGACAGCUCUGACCCAGAAGCCCUCAGUGUUGACUCCUACUCUGACAGAGGGAGAACCAGCUACUCUGACCUGCACUGCCCCGGGGAUGUGCUCUGGAACCCCUCCUCACAUUACAUGGGCAUGGAGAGGAACAGGAGACAACAUAACUGAGCUCCAAGAAAAUACCGCCAUACAGGAGAGAGAGGAUCUGGCCAGCGUCACAACAACCCAUUUCUCAAAUUUGACAUUUACCCCCUCAGCUAAGGAUCACAGCACCAAUGUCACAUGUCUGGUGACCUUCAAUGGCAUUGUCACCACUAAGAAGACACUGAAAUUGAAUGUGACACAUGUGAAGGAACCCAAGAUCUCUGGUUGUAACACAGUGAGAGAGGGUGAUACCCUGAAUCUGACCUGCAGUGUUGACAGCUACCCACCAUCAUCAUCUAACAUCACCUGGAGUAAGAAGGGGAAAACAGCUUUUGAUCAGAAUAGCUCUGGACUGGCCACUCUCACCAUCUCUAACAUGACAAGAGAGCAUGCUGGGGAGUAUGUGUGUACAGCUCAACACCCCAACAGGACUCUGACAGCUUCCGCUGUUGUAACUGUGAUGUACCGUCCUGUGAUGCUCAAUGGCUCUGGGUGUGUGGUCCAAGCAGAGGUCAUGACCUGUGUGUGUGUCAGUCUGGGGGUUCCCUUACCCCUCAUUGAGUGGCCAUUGCUGGAGCUCAACACAGAGAAGUACAGCCUCACUACAUCAGUGUUCGGGUCCUCAGUGAAUAGCACCAUCAGCCUGCCUGUUAGAAACCACACCCACAACACCACUGUGGAGUGUGUCAGCAGAAAUACUGUGGGUGUAGUGAGAGGGAAGUUGCAGGAAACGCAAAAAGAGAACCAAGAAAAGCAAGGAGAUGAAGUAUUGGAAGAUAUACUGGCAAUGCUGUCAAACCCAAAAUUGAUUACUGCAUUUGUGAUUGGUGCAUCAUUUACAGCUAUCAUUGCCUGUAUCGUCCUAUGUUUGAAAGGGACAUUUCAAAGACAAAAAGAGAGGAUCCCAAAGGACUCAGACUCCAAAAGCCCUUUCAUGAACCUGGAGAUGGUGGCAUGUGAAGACCAACAGACGGAUACAGGACAGGCUGUGGGGGGCGAACAGACCCCUCUGCAGGUGGAGCUGAGGGAGGGAGCUGAAAAUGGAGGGCCCCAUACCAGUGGAGCCACGGGAAAAUCUGCCACAGGGGAAGAACCCAAAGAAGUGGACUAUGCCAGUAUUGACUACUCCCUACUGAAGAAGAAGACUCCUGAGGAGGCAGAGAAGAAGACCACCACCACAGAGUCAGAGUACGCCAAAAUCAAACGAGAGAAGAAGAAAGAUGGGGAAGAAGAUGAAGGAGAGGGGAGUGGUGUGAUGGAGGAGGAGGAGAAAGAGAACAGCAAGCCAGCAGCAGAGACAGAUGAGGAUACAGCGCUUUACUCCAACGUCAAGGCUAUUAUGGGUGGUUGGAAUAGCAUACAGUAGUAUGGCUUCUAUUAUACAGCCAUGUGGUGUUCUCUCAUAUUCCAGUUUGAAUGAUUUAUGAUAAUACAGAGACUUUGUUUAAUAACUGAAACUACUGUAGUUAAAAGUUUUGGUAAAUGCUUUAUUUUACAGCCCUGUGUCAGAUGGUACUGUAUGUGCCUGGUGCUUGUACAUUUUAAAUAAUAAUAUUUUCUAGUAAUGUUUUUGUGAUGUUUUUCAAGGAAGUGUAAUUUUUCUUUUGUAAUGAUUGUUUUUUGUCAACAUAGAGAAGGACUGACAAAGAUGUGGUUUGGAAAAGUAGAGUGGUCAAACUUUGUCUUGUUUUUCUCCUCUUUCCUUUAAUUUUUGCAUUUCGAUUUGACAAGGGGGUGGGGGAUAUUAGGUAUACUGAACAAAAAUAUAAAUGCAACAUGUAAAGUGUUGGUCCCAUGUUUCAAUAGUUGAAAUAAAAGAUCCCAGAA